AUGGGCGAGGAUGGUGUGGCUGGCCGGCUGCAUGAAGGCGAGGACGUGCCCCAUAUGCCGCACAUGAGCUCGCAACUCCCUGGGGCUGAUUACGUCCCUGUGGAUAUGACAGAGGGCGAGGAGGCUGAGCAUGGCACGGAAGAAGCCAUGUAUGAAGUGGAUGAAUUGGCAUGGCUACGCACGUUGCCACCAUGGCGACGUCCACGUCCAUUGUGGUUGCUGCCGAUAGUGCUCUUCUUUUCUGUGGCUACAGGUAUUAUUAUCGCACCACGUAUGGAGUUGAUGCUUUCCAUUACGUGCGAAUCGAUGGGCGUGAGCACGACGCCGCGAAGCACUGGUAGCUUGUCGUUGGCCAAGGUCCCCUCCACCGAGUGCCGCCGCUCUGUGCCAGCACAGAGUCAGCUCGCUAUGCUGCAAUUGCAGAUGCUUGUGGCGGCAGGUAUUGGCUCGGCCCUUACGACAGGUCUUUGGUCGCGUCUGUCAGAUCGACAUGGCCGCAAGACCAUCCUAUCGCUGGCCAUCAGCGGCGCCGUAAUCAAUUGCGGCCUCACUGUGCUGGUCGCCAUUGUGCCUGUGACAAGCCUGCCGUUCGGUCCGCAGACGCUGAUUUUUGGCAGCGUCAUUGAGGGAUUGUUUGGGUCCACAGGUACGGUGACCGCUAUGGCGCAAUCCUACCUGACAGACGUCACGUUUGCCGGCACACGUUCCAAGCUGUUUGCGCUCAUGACUGGAUCACUAUUCGCUGGUAUUGCCAUUGGGCCCACCAUGGGUGGUAUCCUAACCUCUGUGACAGGCUCGCUAGUCACUUCGCUGCUCUCUGCUCUAAGUAUAUAUGCCUUGAUUAUCGUCGUCUCGCCGAUUAUACCCGAGAGUCUGCGACCAGACGUACGCCGCCAAGCUGUGGAAGAACAUGAAGCGGCCGUGCAGGCAGCGGGGCCCGGCUUUUCUGGAUGGCGACAACGUGUUUCGACGGCCCUCUCCACGUCGUUCCAAAGCUUGUAUUUCUUGCUACCCAAACGCCGCACUGACUACUCCUUGGUCGAAUCGCAGUCCACACAACGCAUGGGAGAUCAAGCUUAUCAGCCUGGCUGGGAUACCAACUUGUUCUUCCUUUCUAUUGCUUACGCUACAGAGACGGCAUGCAUUGCGGUAGUGCCACUCAAAAUACAGUACGUGCAGUUGAUCUUUGGAUGGAACUCCCGCGAGGUUGGCUACUUUUUAAGCUACACCGCUGUGACGCGCAUGCUUACACUCACGUUGGUGAUGCCUUUGUUGGUAAAGCUGCUGCAUCACAUGCCCAAAUCCAUUGUUCUUCCACAAGACAGCGCUUACCUUGCGUCAGAAAAUAUCCAUGACCUUCUGGACGACCGCGGAUGCUCGCGUGAUGCGCCUUUGCCGUCGCAAUGGUCGGCGGCCGAUGUCAAGCUGGAAAAGAAGUGGCGCGAGCGCGAAAAGCAGCUUCGGCUUAUUCACGAUAGCCAGAUGGAUAUGCGCAUAGCUCUGGGCUCAGCUGCGCUGACAGCCUUUGCUGCGAUUAUCACGGCCCAUGCGACCACCACUACUGUGUUCCUGUUGGGCGUUGUGCUCACAUCACUGGGCGGCGGUAUCGGCUCGGCCAUCAGCUCGCUGGGCAUGGCCGUGAACCCCCGAACGGAUGGAGCAGGCCGCCUUUUCGGUGCAUGGGCCGUCCUGAGCACAUUGGCUGGAUCCAUUGUCGGUCCCUUUUUGUUCUCGCUGGUGUUCAGUUAUUAUGUAUCUACGGCGCCGUACCUCGUGUUCUACGUGGUAGCUCUACUUCAAGCCAUUGUGAUUCUGUGCUUGUUCAAUGUACACCUCCGCAAGUACGAAUCGCUAGACGGACUAGCCCCACGUCCUUCUCCUGUGGCCCAUCCGCUCGGCAGCAAUGGCACGGACCCUCUAUAG